AUGACCGCACUCCUGAACCCCCACUACCAUCCUCAUUGUCUUCCUCUUCCCCCCCCCCUCCUCCUCCUCCUCCUCCUCCUCCUCCAUCGGCCCAACAUCCGCUGCGGUGGUUCCUCUAUCCGCCGCCACUGUACACAAUUCCCACCGUCAACGCCAGCGAUGCGAACUCGGUCCAAACCUGCCCUAUUUGCGACCGCACCUUCACCUCACGCAUCGACCUGGUCGGACACUUGUGAAUCCAUCGCACAGAGACUGGAGCACCAACCUACUCUCACCGCAUCCGCCUCAACUGCCCUCACUGCACCCGCACAUUCGCCCACCGCAUGGGCCUCUUCGGUCAUAUGCGUAUCCACGACAGCGGAAUUGACCGCAGUCUCGAUACACCUGGCACCCCUUGCACACCCCACCAUGCCUAGCUCAAAACACACCCCGUUGCUAAGCGCGUCCAUCAUCAACAGCUCCAUCACCGCCGUCGCCAUCUUCGAAACCGACACUGACACCGCCGACUUUUUCUGUCCCCAUUGUCAUCGUAAAUUCAUCUCACGCAUCGGCCUGGUCUGUCUUUUGCGAAUCCAUCGUACAGAGACUGACGAACCAGUGCCUGGAGCACCCUCAUAUACUCGCCGCAUCCGCCUCAACUGCCCUCACUGCACCCGCACAUUCGCCCACCGCAUGGGCCUAUUAGCCCACAUGCGCAUUCACGAAAACCUGUGGCAGAUAACCGCCAGCUAA